AUGUUAGCGAUAAAGCUACUUCCAUUUCUCCUGCUUUUUGCUUGGGAAGUUCAUAGCCAAGUAGCGAACAACACUGGGUUGACACCUUUAGAAAUUGCUCUGUUCUUCGUUAAUACGAAACCUCAGCAACUCACUACUGUUGGAUACUUCUCUUCUGCUGCAGCAGUUUUGAUAGCAAGAGAUCGGAUCGCAUCAGAAGGGUUGAUUCCGAAUUAUUACUUGAAUUUCACAUACGCCUUCGAUGAUUGCGAAGAAGACUUGAUGGCCGGAAGAGGCUUACUGAUGUUGAGAGAGAAGAGAGUUGUUGCUAUGAUAGGACCAACUUGUAGUUCCACUACUGAACUUGCUGGUGUUAUGGGAAAAGUGUUCAACUUACCAGUCGUUAGUUGGGGGUUAGCAACAGCACAUCGAUUGAGUGAUCGUGUUCGUUUCCCAACACUCGCAAACAUGGCAGCCAGCUCCUUAAGCCUUGCUUACGCAAUCAGAAGAAUGCUUUCUGAGUACAAUUUGACAGAAUUUGCAUAUAUUUAUUCAAACUAUAUGGAUAGUGAAAAGUGUGAAGAUAUGAGAACUGCUUUACAGUCCGCUGUUUCGCGAAAUUCUGAUGUGUCAAUAUCCUUAACCAUGGAAGUAGUAGAUGUUAGCAAUGAUGGUUAUAUAAAUAGCUUACGAAUUGCUAGUCGGCGUGCUCGAAUAUUUGUCAUUUGCUUUGCUGAGGGACAUGGUCUCAAAAGAAGGUUUAUGGUAACAGCCUACAGAAAUGGAUUUGUGAACGAUGAAUAUCUUUACAUUUUUGCUGAUACAAAGAACAAAGGAUUUUAUGUUACAAGAAAUAAUGGCACCGAUCGUCUUAUUUGGGACUCCGAUACUGGUGCUGAUGAUGUUGAUGAUGCGCGGGAAGCCUUCAAGACUGUAAUCGCUUUGACUGAUGCCGAUUUGACCAAAGAUGGUCAGGCUGCCUAUGCAGCUUUCAGUGAAGAAGUUAUAAGCCGAAUGAAAGACCCUCCUUUCAACUGCGUUGCUGAAUGCAAAAACUAUACAGUUGGAUCUAUGUAUGCUGGACAACUUCAUGAUAGUGUUAUGUUUUAUGCUCAUAUGUUAAAUAAAACAAUGCAGCAACAUCCUGACCAAAACUUACUCACCAUUGCUGAAGAUGGUCAAAUGCUGCUAAUGAAUUCAGAAGUCAGUUUCAAAGGAGCCGCUGGGAACAUCCAAUUCAAUGCAAACAACACCCGUGUCAUAACUUUCUAUAUGAUGGCAGUUAAUGCGCAAGGAGAACCUCAAAACUUUGGAAGCAUUAAUAUCAAUGGUCAAGUAGCUAAUUUGACUCCUGGCUAUACAAGCAUAAGCGAAGUGUUCGCGAAUCGCAAGAAUAAAGCCCCUCCAUUAGUGGAGCCAAUUUGUGGUUUCAGAGAAGAUAGUUGCCCUGUCAACUUCGUUUCAACGUAUCUUGUUUGGGUUAUUGUGGCAUCUGUUCUCAUUUUCCUUACAUUCGGCGGUGCAUUGAGCGGAUUUUUCUAUUCCAUGAGAUCUAAACGUAGAGAAAUGGAGAGAAUGAACAUGAUGUGGCAAAUUCCAUUUUCUCAUUUGCAGGCGGUUCAGAAGAAAAACAAAGGUGAGCAAAGUAUCCGAUCGCUCAGUAGUGGUCCAUCGUCAACUGGAACAAAAAUCACAAUGGAAAACAAAGUAGAAACGCGACACUAUAAGUUUUUCAUUUUAAAUAAUGAUAAGGUAGCUGCGUUGAAACAUACAACAAAGUUCAGGCCAGACGAUGAUGAUGCCAGCGAGUUGAGACAACUACGUCAAUUGGAACAUGAUAAUAUGAAUACAUUCUUAGGAUUAGUUUUAGAUGGACCUGAGUUCUUAUCCGUAUGGAGAUACUGUGGUAGAGGCAGCUUGAAAGACGUCAUCCUCAAAGGUUCUAUUACUAUGGAUUACUUCUUUGUAUUUUCUCUGAUUCGAGAUAUUAUUAGUGGCCUCUCAUAUAUUCACAAAUCGUUUCUGAAAUAUCAUGGUAAUCUGACAUCCGAGACAUGUCUAGUGGAUGAGCGCUUCCAAGUGAAGCUGUCCUAUUUUGGAUUGGAGAAAAUGAGAGAAGCAACUACACGUAGUAACGAAGAUAUGUUGUGGUCCGCUCCUGAAGUGUUAAAAGGAUUGAUUCAUGGCUCAGAAAAGGCAGAUGUCUACAGCUUCGCCAUUGUGUGUUCAGAGUUGAUCACUAAAAAACCAGCCUGGGAUUUGGAUAACCGCAAAGAACCAGCAGAGACUAUCGUUUACUGGCUGAAACGAGACAGAGGCCAGCCUCCGCGACCUGAACUUACCGCGCACGAGACAAUAGAUGUCAGCUCUGGAAUGCUUGAACUCAUAAAAGAUUGUUGGGCACAAGAUGAGGAUAAGAGACCCGCAGUGGAGCAAAUUCGAGCUUUGUUGAAAGGAUUGCACAAUGGAAGAAACGAUAAUUUGAUGGAUCAUGUUUUCAACAUCAUGGAGACGUAUGCUGCAACAUUGGAAGAAGAAGUAUCUUCUCGUACGAAGGAAUUAGUAGAAGAGAAAAAAAAGUCUGAUGUUCUAUUGUAUAGAAUGCUACCCAGACAAGUUGCGGAUAAACUCAAACUUGGACAGUCUGUUCAACCAGAAACAUUUGAUAGCGUUACAGUUUUCUUCUCUGAUGUCGUUCAGUUUACCAUACUAGCAAGCAAAUGCACACCUCUACAGGUCGUAACACUACUGAAUGAUCUUUAUAAUAUACUAGAUAACAUAAUAGAGGAGGCUGAUGUUUACAAGGUAGAAACUAUCGGUGAUGGAUAUUUAUGUGUUUCCGGACUACCACAUAGGAACGGCAAUGAACAUGCAAGAGAAAUCGCAUGCUUGGCGUUAUCUUUUAUGGACGGAGUAAGAUCAUUCAGGAUACCUCAUUUACCAUCCGAACGCAUGAAUCUCCGAAUCGGAGUUCAUUCUGGUUCGGUCGUGGCGGGAGUUGUUGGUUUGACAAUGCCGAGAUAUUGUCUCUUUGGAGAUACUGUUAACACUGCAAGUAGAAUGGAGAGCAAUGGAAAAGCUGGACAUAUACAUCUUUCUGCUGAAGCUAAUCGUAUGAUGACUGAAGUCGUCGGUGGUUUUAAAACAGAAAGUCGUGGUGAAGUUAUUAUAAAGGGAAAAGGGGUCAUGGAAACGUUCUGGUUAUUAUCCCGUACAGAAGGCGAAAACUAUCAGCCACCGCUACAAUCAAUUAUUAAAGAGAGGAAAAUUGAAACUCCUCCCAUAAACUUCAGCGCUCGUUCAACUUCGGAACAACGAAGUAUAACGCCGAAAAGUCCACGAAGUGUGACUCCGCUUGGAAUUUAUUCGGAUUAUAAGAAAAACGGCCUAUCUACUGGCCACCAAUUUGAAAUCUUAUAA